UAACGGACACCAUGGCACGUAUCACACUCGUGCUCGUCCUGGCCGCCACGGCCGCCACCUGCUGCGUCGAGGCCAAAACAGACUACACUGCUCGACUGAAGGCCGUUCAAACGGCUGGAGCGGCUCUCCAGGUGCAAUUCAGCAAGCAGUGGACCGAUGUACUGAACGGACAGCGGCAGAGAGUUGUCGCCUUGGUGACGAAACUUGUAAAUCAACAAAAGUCACCGGAGGCAAAGACUGCUAUGUCUAGUCUGGCCACCAAGAUUUUCCAGAACCUGACGACCGUCAACUCCCAAGCAGAUACUUUGAAGAAAGAGCAGGGAAAGGAGAUCAACCGGCUUGUUCAGCAGUAUGUUACAUUGCUGAGCCAACGGAUCACUGCCACGGGAGCCGCGGCUACCGACGAGGUCCCCAUUCAGAACCUGCGAAAGCGCAAGAGUACUUGGCUGGCGCUGUGGGAGAACCGGGUCAUGGACAUCAACGCUCUGUACCGCGCGUCGUACCGGGACGUUUUCUCGGCGGCCUCCAAGGCGGCUGCCUCCAAGCCGGCCGUGCGGCAGGCCCUCCGCGCCGCUUUCGUGGACAUCCUCGGGGAAGCGGUCGUCGGCCAGGAGGAGAACAUCACGCUGCUCACGGCCAAGCAGUUCCCGCUGGUGGAGAAGUUUGCUCUGCUUGCGGGGAGAGUUCUCCUCGAGCUGCUCGUGACGGCGCAGGGCGCUGUGUUGUGAGCGUCAUCUGCACACUCUGAAAACCUGACUGGCUUUUCAAACAAGAGCAGCUUGUUGUAGCAAAGCAUUUUGAGCAUACGCAUACAUACUGUUACAAGGUAAAAAUGUCAUCAUGCACAUACCAAUUUUUCUGUAAUUUUAACUACUCAGAAAUAUUGUAGUUUCAUUGUGGUUUAACUGUGCUAAAAGUACCAGUUAUUUCGGAAAACUAUAGUUUUUGGGUAUAAAAGUAAGAGUAAACAGUAGUUAUGCCACUGCAUUUUGUAAAGUACAGUUUGAACUAUAGUUUCACUGCAGAUCCUUCCGACCGGACGCAUGUAACUAACUUAACAGUUUGUACGUUACGUAUGCUCAGAAUACUUGGUCAGGUUUCCAGCAUGCAGCGAACAGAACCGAAACGGGGAACAGCAAAUUAAGUUGUUCUUUUAUAUAUCGUACAGCUGGAUCCCAAUUUAAUAAAUUUGAUCGAAAUGGGG